AUGCACUCGUCAUCGGAUAUCCCUAUUCCUCUAUGGCUAGACUGCGAUCCGGGCCACGAUGAUGCAUUUGCCAUUCUUCUCGCUGCCCAUCAUCCCUCUCUGCAUUUAUUGGGCAUCACCACAGUCCACGGCAAUGCCUCUCUUGAGAACACAACCAACAAUGCUACAAGGAUAUUGGAAGCCAUUGGGCGACCAGAAAUUCCUGUAUAUCCAGGUCAUAAGAAGCCUUUCUGUAGGCCGGCAAUUCAUGCUCCGAAUAUUCACGGCGAUUCCGGUAUCGAUGGAACUGAACUUCUACCAAAGGCUACAAAAGUCCCAGUUACAGACAAGAACCCAAUUCUGGCAAUGCGGGAUGCCCUCCUAGCACAACCGAAGGGAACGCCUUGGGUUAUAGCAACCGGGACCUUAACCAACGUAGCUUUACUCUUCGCAACGUUCCCUGAAGUAGCAGAGCAUAUUCAAGGUCUAAGUAUCAUGGGUGGUGGAGUCGGUGGAGGCUUUACAGAUGCGCCUAUGAGUCGACUCAUUGGUGAAGAGUCGAGGAUUGGGAAUAUCACCCCUCUGGCAGAAUUCAACAUCUACUGUGACCCAGAGGCAUCCCAGUCUAUCUUCAGCAAUCCUGUUCUCGCUUCCAAGGCAACUUUGAUCACUCUUGACUUAACACACCAAGUUCUCGCCUCGCACUCUGUGCAGUCCCGCGUCUUGCAUGGAGGUGAUGACCUUUCGGCACCUCCAACAGUCCUCCGGCAGAUGCUGUUCGACCUUCUUGUUUUCUUUGCGUCAACUUAUGAAAGUGUUUUUGGAUUGACCAGCGGGCCUCCCUUGCACGACCCUCUUGCGGUCGCGGUUAUCCUGUCGACUCUCAAUCCGGAGUAUGCGAAAAGACAUCCCGAUCAGGUCUUGAAGUUCGACGAUCGAAACGGAGAGCGAUUUGACGUCGACGUCGUCACUGAUGGUCUCCAUGGGACCGAUGUCGAGCUAGUUGGCGAGCUUGGUCGGUCAAAAGUCAUGUCUGGUACUAACGGAGUUGCGAUCCCUCGGGGGGUGGAUCUGGAUGCGUUCUGGAAUAUGAUACUCGACUGCCUUAGACGUGCGGAUGAAUGUAAUGCUGCACGGAGGCUGGCGUGA